UGGAGACGAUAAGCGGACGGAGAGGAGCGUUAGAGCCAUGAGCGCUAGUCGUGGGUCGGUAUUAAUGAAGUGGGUUUACUGUUUGAGUAAUAUAAGAAUAAAGCACAGAACCCCUCGUUUUGCGACCACAGAAAUGUAAAGAAAGAACCUAGAUUUAAGUAUCUUAGCAGUCAAGUUGAUAAAUGGCUAAGAGAGACAUGUGUGAAGCAGAGACUGUGUCCCUCCAGGCUUGCCUCAGUGUAGUUGGAGCCUUGGAGUGUGUGGUACGUCGCUGUGUUGGACCAGAUGGUGGGAGUGUGCUCUUCACCAAAGACACUGGAGAGACUCUUAUCACUAGACAUGGACAGCGCAUUCUCACUAUGUUACAUCUGGACCACCCUAUGGCCAGAAUGGUGCUGGAGUGCGUGUGUGCGCAUGAUCGUAUCACAGCAGAUGGUUCUAAGUCUUUUAUCCUCCUGUUGGCUGCGUUGCUGCGAGGAAUUCACGACUCUGCAAACAGACACCACAAAGCAUCCUGGAGCCCCGCCACCAACCGAAAACUGGCCAAUCAGCUUCUGGCCUUCUGCUGGAAGGAGCUGGAUGAUAUCAUAGCCCAUGAUGUUGUCCCUUAUGCCUCAUUUCUUUUUGGUUUCGGUGGAUAUAGACUGGAAGGUGGAGUCUUGCCUGCGUUGGUGGGAGGGUAUGUCACAGGGAGAGUUGCUAUUGGCCAGGCUGAGAUUCUUACACCUCUGCUUUGUGAAUUCUACAAAAAGGUUAGCCACAAACAGGACAGUACCACUGUGGAACCAAUCACAUUCCUUCACUCAAAUUUUUCCCUGCUGCAUGCAAAAGUGUCAGGACUUCCUACUGGGUGUUCACAAGUAGUGAAAGGACUUGUGCUUGCUUGUGAUUGGUCAGUGUGGAGAGAGGCUGAAGGGCCAGUAAAAGCGCUGGUAAUUUGUGAGAGUCUAGAUAAAUCCUUGGUUGCUAUUGGCGACAGCGUGAGUAUUUGUUUUCAGCAGGACUGGCUGCUUCGGUCUGAGAGCGCAAUGAAGCAGAGGUUAGCGAGACUGCUCUGCCUCCAAGUGAGCGUGGUAUUAUCAUCGGUGAAGCAGCCGGAGUGCGUGCUGGAGUGGGCUCGGCUGAACGGUGUCUCUGUCCUGGAGUGCUGUGACUCAGAACAACUGGACCUGCUGUGUGAACUCAAUGCUGCUGAAAUGCUCUCUAUGCAGCCCAUGCUGCGCGUCACUACACUAACCUUCCACAGCCGCCUGCAGCUAGGAGGGUGCAGGUAUGCUCAUCUAGGGAUCUCUCCUAAUGGAUCAAUACACAUACACACGUUGGUGCUCUGUGCACCUGCUCCUGGACCACUCGAACAGAGCGUAUGUGUGAGCCAAGGCGUCUUUACAAUGCUCCAGCAUCUGUGCCUGUCAGUUCUCAGAAUGAGGGAACAGUCAAAUGACACAGUUUCUCUCAGUGACUCACACCAAUAUCAGAUAGAGAGAGAUAGUGACUCUCUGACACAUGAUCAGCCUCACAUGUCCACUACACUUCCUGACCAGUCACAAAGCUCUUCUUUGGACCAAUCACGAGGUUCCAUUAAGGACUUAUGGGCUGGAAUUUUAAAAGCUGGUGGAGUUCUUCCUGUGGGUGGAGCAUUUGAAGUCCUAUUACAUCACUCCUUGUUGCAUUGCAGUAACCAUGGUGACUCGGAGAGCCGAAGCCUUCUCGCUAAGGCCAUACUGAGCGUGCCCAGAUCACUGCACUCCCACAGACCCAGAUAUUUUCUGCAACAGCAGGCACAAUUGAUGAGUAAGCUGCAGCUUCUCAAACAGGGCCAUACGCUUAGUGAGCUAAGGUUAGGGUCAGAGUUAAGGUUUGGUUUAGGGCCAGCGGGAUCAGGUUCCUUGUGUGUAGAGCCAAUCUGUAGUAAACACCAGUUGGUGGUGUCUGUGCUGCAGUGUGUGAACAGGCUGUUGUGUGUGGGGACUAUACUACACACGCGAACUCCUCUGCACAGAUCACUCACAGCGUCCGCUGAAGACAGUGAAGAAGAGGGCAUGUGACGCUGAUUGACCACUCAUGCUCUACCACUAAAUUACCUCUUGUUAAGACCCAGCAUAGCAAACUUCAAUCAACUUCCACAUUCUAACUUUUUUAGCCAGAUGCAACACACGGUACUGUGCAGAUAUGACCUGCAGAUUGCAGCCACUGACCUACAGCCAGGGGACAGUGGUCCUCAACUGGUGGGUUGUCACCCAAAAGUGGGUAGUCUAAUAUAAUAUAUAUACAAAAAACUAUGUAUAUUAUACAUGUAUUUUCUUACAUUAAGAACAGAAGAGAUAGCAAGAAACCCUACUGAGUUUUGUGAGGAAAGGCAAGUAAUGAUGGGCAUUUCAGUCAAAUUCGACAUUCCAAAAACUAAAAAUUCUAAGGCUAUAGGAUAUUAUGUACCAGAAACCAUCAGAGACAGAGACUAUUACUGUACUAUAUUAACCUCCUUUGCAGGCCCCCUAGUGGCCAUUCCACCAGCUGAACGGAAAUCAACUCAGAUAUUUUUAAUUAUUAUAAUCAA